AUGACCACCUACUCCCCCGGUAAACAACUCAAGUUGGACACCAAGGAACACAUCCAGCCGUACUGUGACGAGCUUGAGAAGCUCACCAAUGUCACCAAGAUCGACUUCCUGGGCAACACCCUCGGCGUCGAGGCGCUGGAGGCGCUUGCGGCCGCCCUCGCCAAGCACAAGCACACCGUCACUGAGAUCGACUUCAGUGACAUCUACACCGGCCGUCUCAACACCGAGAUCCCCAAGUCGUUGGACCACUUGUUGCCGGCUCUCCUUGAGUUCGACAACUUGACCACCAUCAAUCUCAGUGACAACGCCUUCGGUCUCCAGUCGUUCGACCCCAUCGAACGGUGGUUGUCGCAGGCAGUGACGUUGGAGCACCUCAUCCUCGCCAACAACGGCAUGGGUCCGUUUGUCGGUGCCCGUAUCGGGACGCUGUUGUUCCGGUUGGCUGAGCAAAAGAAGGCCAAGGGCAAGCCCUCUCUUAAAACGUUCAUCUGUGGCCGCAACCGGUUGGAAAACGGUCUGACCAACCACUUGGCGGUGGGGUUGCGUAACCACGCCGACCUUAAGGAGGUGAGAUUGUACCAGAACGGGAUUCGUCCCGCCGGGGUGGCGAAGUUGAUCCGGGGGAUGCUGGCCCGUCUUCGCAACCUCGAGGUGUUGGACUUGCAAGACAACACCAUCACCGCCUCUGGUGCCGACGCCAUCGCCGAAGCUUUGGCUGAUAAGUGGACUCUGCUCACUGAGCUCAACUUGAACGACGCCUUGCUCAAGCCGGCAGGAUCGUUGGCGGUGGUCAAGGCCCUUCCCAAAUCGCUCGUCACCCUCAAGUUGCAAUACAACGAAUUGAGAGAAGACGCCCUCAAGGAAUUGUUGCGUAAAGUGCAAGAUGGUGAAUUACCCAAGUUGACCACGGUUGAACUUAACGGUAACCAAUUCGAGGAAGACCACGCUGACCUGGAACUGCUCCGUGAAGCCCUUGAAGCCCGCGACGGUGAGUUGGACGAAUUAGACGAACUUGAAGAGAUCGACAGCGACGACGACGAUGAUGACGACGACGAAACCGACGCUGACCGGUUGGAAGAAGACAUGGACUUGGACACCCUCGAGGCCGAUCUCGGCGGAAAGCUUGAGGAACAAGACCAGGCGGUGGACGACAUCGCUGCCGAAUUGGAAAAGACCCACAUCGAGGACGUGCCAGAGAUGGAACCAGGUGAAAUAUUGGGGACAAUUGUGACUCAACACGAUAAAGUCGACAAGACUGGGGUGAUUGCUGAUAAUCACUCCGUGGGGGAGGUCGCCACCAUCGAUACUGACCAUGCUGAUCUGUCUCACCACACGCCAAAAGUGGUGGGCCACGACAGCUUCCAUCUUGGACAUUUGUGGAAAAACUCUACCAACGACGAAACACACGAAACGAAGAAACAGGACAAGUCCACAGAGUAUUCCGAGGCAAACGAGUACCCACCAUCCAUAGGCUUUGGUGGCAAUAGCCUCCAUCGUUAUUUGGUCAAGGGGGAGGCCUAA